AUGUGUGGAAUUUGUUUUUGUAUAAAUGGAAUAUAAUUAGCUAAUAAUUAAAUAAACUUUAAUUUAUUUGAAAAAUAUAUAAGAAAUCCUUAUAUUGAUAAACAUGAAGGAUUAAGAGAAAAACAUUUGAAAGCAAGCUUUGACAUUAUAAAAAAUAUUCAAGAAAAAAAAAAUAUUAUCAAUAAUUUUGAUAUUAAUGCAAUUAAGUAAAGUAUAGGUCCGAGAGGUCCAAACAUAUUUACAUAUAAAUAAUAUUCAAUAUAAAAAAAUCAAUAAACAAUUUAGGAAAAUUAAUAAAUUUUUAAUCAAAAUAUUUUUGAUAAUUAAUCAAAUAAUUUGACUUUGACUUUUUGUAACAGUUUAUUACAUUUAAGAGGAUAAAACAAUAUUUUAAAUAUAUAACCAAUAACAAAUUCUACUCAAGAAUAAAUAUUAAUUUAUAACGGUGAAAUUUAUACAGAUUAAAAUGAUUAGUUUAAUACGUUUGAAAACGAUACAUUGUAAUUAUUUAAUAUCCUUACAAAAUCAGAUAAAGAAGACUUAAAAUAUGAAGAUUUUAUUAUUAAUUAAUUAAAUAAAUUAUGGGGAGAUUAUGCAUUUAUUUUCUUUGAUAAUUAACAAAAAAAAAUAGUUAUUGCUAAAGAUCCUUUUGGCAAAAAAUCUCUUCUUUUAGGUUUUUCUGAAAAUGGAUUUGCAUUUAGUUCAUGUGCGAUAAAUAUAAAUAUGGAAAAAUAAAAAUUAGAUUAAGACAUAGAAGAAGAAGAAGAGGAAACAAAAAAAGAUUAUGAAGACAAAGCUUAUAAUUUAACUGAUGAUACAUAACGUAUAUAAUUUUUAGAAAAAAAGUAUUUACACGAAUUUUUCUAAGGAUAAUAAAAAGAAUGGAUAGAAAUUCCAUAAAAUACACUUAUUAUAAUAGAUAUAUAAAAUCCUAACUAAUUUAUAUGGAAUUAAUAUGAAAUAAAUAAUAUAUUAUAUAAUAUUUAAUAUAAAACAUAUCCUCAUAUGGAACCUUGUAUAGAAAGUCCUUUAUCUUUUAAGCAAACUAUAUAUGAAGCAAUAUAAUAAAGUGUAAAAGAACAUAUAGAAAAUAUUAUUGAAUAUAAAUACUUUUUUAAAGAUAAUAAAUUACAAGGUGAAUAAUAAUUUAGUAAUUAAAUAAAUAGUCAAAGUACUUUUACUGAUUCCAAAAUUGCUGUCUUAUUUUCAGGAGGUUUAGAUUCUACGAUUCUUACCUAUUUCUUGGAUAAAUUAUUACCUCCAGAUUAAAGUAUAGAUUUACUCAAUGUAAGCUUUAAUUUAAAUGCUUCUUCAGAUAGAAAAACAGCCCUUUUUGCUAUUUAAGAAUUAUAGUAAAUAAAUCCAAAUAGAAAAUAUAAUUUAAUCCUAAUUGAUAAAACUGUUGAUAAUUUAAAAGAAUAUGAAGAAUACUUAAUUAAAUUAAUUUAUCCUAAAUGUACACAUAUGGAUUUUAAUAUAGCUUUAGUUUUACAUAUUGCUACUUAAGGUAAAGGUUAUUUACAUACAGAUGUUGUAGAAAAAAAAAAAAUAACAUCAGGAGCUAAAAUAGUGCUAAGUGGAUUAGGGGCUGAUGAAAUAUUCGGAGGAUAUUCAAGAUAUAGAGUUGCUUUUUAAAGAAAUGGAUACUAAGAUUUAAUACAAGAAAUGAAUUUUGAUUUAUUAAGACUUUGGAUAAGAAAUCUUGGUAGAGAUGAUAGAGCAAUUUCAUAAAAUGGAAAAGAAUGUAGAUUUCCAUUUCUUAAUUAAUAACUAAUACAAACAGUGAAAAAUAAUAUUGAUUUUAAUUAUUUCACUAAUUUUAAUUUACCAAGAGGUUAUGGUGAUAAAAUAAUACUAAGAUAAGUAGCUCUUUAAUGCGGAUUAAUUUAAACAUCCGAUUUUAGAAAAAAAGCUAUUUAAUUUGGAACUGGACUUGCAAAAUAAUCUAAUAUAAGAACUUUCGGAAGUAAUAGAAAAGCCAAAGGUUGUUUUAAAUAUAAUGUAAACAAAAAUAAAAAAGAUUUUUGA